GUUAUUUUAUAAUGUUUUGUAUAACUUUAGUCUGACACUUAAGUUCCGUUGUAAGACAUUAUUUUGGAGGCGAAAAUUCCAAAACAUGAACUUUAAAGUUAUAAAUUCAGUGUUUAUAUUUUAACAAAAGUGUUACUUAGUUUAUCACUUUGAAGUUUAAAGUUACUUCUACUACGUACGCAUAAUAUAAAGUAUGUUUUAGUUUGUCCAUGAUACUUUUUGUAGGUUUUGAAGUGACGUCAUAUUUAUACACUUUAAAUAUAUUAGGUGAAAUAUUUAAAUAAGAACAAUUUGAAGACUUUAGAAAGGUUAUACUUAAAAUAAACUAAGAGGAAAAUGCGGUAAAUUCAAGUGAAGAAACUAUUUCAAAGUUAUGACUCAUAGUUGAUGUUAGUGAAUACUGAUUUCGUCUUUAGCUGAUAAAAUGAAUGACAAUAGCAAGAAAAGGUCGAAUAGUUUUCGUAAAUUAUUUCCAAAUUUAUUUUUCAACCAUCGUUCUAAAGAAAAGAAUACGAACAAAGAAUAUGGUCAUAAAAAUGUAGCAGAAUUACAAGCGAAUAAAAAUCAAUAUCAGAACCCCCGAACUUUAGUAGAUAAAAAUACAUUUAUUCAAGAUUCAGGUGCCGCGGAAGAACGGAUAUAUGAAAAUUUGUCAGCGACCCAUAGAUCGGGAAACGAUCGCAUUGUGGACCUUUCAAGCAAUCACUCUUCUAGCAGUACGUUAGUUUCAGAUAAUGUCAAAAAAGAUUUCCCAGACCAACCUAAGAAUGAAAACUUUUAUACUACUUAUAUGGCCAGACCUCAAGUACCGCCAAAACCUCAAGGCGAGAUAAUACAAUCAACAUCACCCAGGCCACAAAAGAUAAAUGAUUUUAACACUACCCAAUAUCCGGACGUAUAUUACCAUUCGUUAGAAAAACUAAUAGAUAAGAUAACACCACUUGAUGAAAUUGAAAUUUACAAAGCAUCACAAGCUCAAGCAAAUCCAGCAUCAGUCGGCGCUGAAAUUAAAAGAGUAAGCACAAAAUUCCUGAUUUCGCCAAAAAAGGAAGCUGAAGUACGAACUAUACAGCCCACAAGAGCGCGAAGUCUUUCAUUGGACAAAAACAAUUCUCAUAAUAUCACCAAUCAAAAUAAUGACCCUGCACGAAAUCAAGAUUAUGUUAAGAAACCUUAUAAUUAUUCUGCACCGACUUCACCAGUUGCUGUGACCCAAAAAAGACCCAACAUUCCUAAAACAGUUUCUCCUUAUGGACACGUUCGAAAAACAAUGUUGGAAACAGAACAAAAACGAAAUUCAAUAAGUAGAUCAAGUCUUGGCAAUAAAUCUACACCCUCACCUAGGCCCCAAUAUCUGGAUAUAAGCAAACCUCCUACUCCUAGAAGUAGCAGCGGAGAUAACGAUAAAGAGAAGACGCGUCAGAAAAUUGAAGCUUUUUAUUGGCAAAAGCUCAAAGAAUUGAAAGAAAAAGAAGACGAACAUCUAUUAAAGCAAUCUUUGGAUAAUAUAUGCAUAUCGCCACAAAAAUUUAAUACGGUAUACUCUAGUUCCAAUUGCAGUACACCGAGUUCUUUUGUAACCGAACCAAAAAGUUACAGUUUACCGCGAGGGCGGGAGUUGAAUUACAACAUGGCCCAACCAAUUUACGCACUUCCACCUUUUGUGAGAGGCGCUCCAGAGCGGCGGACUGAUUCAUUCAUACGAAAUCACACAGCCGACGCGGAUACGGACAUCGUGUAUAGACAAAUGCAAAAGUCUAGUUCAAGAACUACGUCACCUGUAGUUAAUAGACAAAUGCCGAUUUUUCAACGAGGUUCAUUAACCCCAGACGGAAGACACAACAUUUAUCAACCGAAACGAGUGAGUUUCGAAGAGCAGUACCCUAAGACUUCUCUACCAAAUAGCAGUGAUGUUCCAAAAAGUGUUGCGUUAGAUGUGAAGUUAUCGAAUGACAGUUACAAAAUAUUGAGUGCGCGAAAUGCUUUGUUCCCAAGUAAAAUAAAUAAUUCGGGUACUCGGGACUAUGGAACUCCACCUAAACCGCCAGUUCGGACAACGAGUGUAGAUAGUGUCGGGAAAACAUAUAAAAUAAUAAAUAAAAACACAUACUUACCACGUGGAAAUCAUUCAGUGUACUCGGAAUCUGAAAGUGGUUCGGAGGCUGGGGAAAUUCAAAAGAUAUUGCAGAGAACUUCACAGAAUGAGGAAGAUUGGCACGGCGAUGGCUCACGCAUGGAUGGUGGGCUAUCCGACGGAGAAGCGGGUCGGGUGCCGCCGCGAGGGCGACCGUCGCGUCGGGAAGAUCCUCGCCGCCACACUCUCGCUGGUAACCAUCUAUACCUGCAUCCUCACCACCCUAAUCAAAUCAAUUCGUUGGAGCUUGAGCGUAAUGCACCAUUGACUGCAAAGAACAUACCUGAAUAUGCGACUGUCACCAAAUAUCGUGACGUCAGCCAGAAAAUGUUAGAUCCUCGAAUAAGAAAGCACCCGCUGCAAAGAAACUAUCCACCAACGAACAACGCUCUUCUAUUCGAAGAUGAUCCUGGUGUUAUGUCCGAAGUAGAAACUGCAUCUACUGGCUUCAGGCGCGGCGGCAAGCAAAGAUCGUCAUUACCAGUUGUUAGAACUCCAAGCAAAACUUUAGAACGCCCCCUUGGUUUAGUGUUCCUGCAAUAUAGAAACGAGACAAAACGCGCGCUUUUGCCGAAUGAGAUAACAUCGAUCGACACCGUGAAAGCUCUCUUCGUUCGGAGUUUCCCCAAACAGCUGACUAUGCAGUAUAUGGAAUCGCCAAUGGUCAAGAUCUACAUCCAUGACUCCUCCAAGGACAUGUUUUACGAGCUCGAAGAUGUGCGUAGUCAUCUUCAUGACAUAAGAGACCGGUCAGUCCUCCGUCUGUUCGAGUCAAAUGAUAUUGGUGGGGGCGUAUUCCCCGGCGCUGUUGGGGUGGGUUCCGUGUCCAUGCCGGCGGCUGCUACAGCCUGCCCGACCGCAUCGAAUUGGGAUCAGGAACAAAGUUAUUUUAGUGAGCCUGAAAUCGACUCUGAAUACCACCAUCAUCAUGUUCAUAAAUCUAAGGUUAAGGCACCUGCAUACUACAUGGGUACUCCAGCUCCCAGCACUUUGCCUCGAGGUGGUGCCAUCAUAAGGGCGUUCUCACCAGCCGCACCGCCUGUACCGGCUGACCGCGUCAAGACUAUACCAACAACUGUGCCGACCAAGCCGUUGCGAUACGCCCCCGGCACAGGUUCCGAGAGGUGUUUUCCCUUCGCCGACUGUCCUCGGGUGACAGAGCAGCUUUACACAAUCACUGGAGCUAAUACGAGUUCAGGGCUUACAGGAGACGGGUAUGUGUCGUCACCCGAGCGCAGCGCCUCUCGUCCGCCCUAUGAGGACCCAUAUUAUACACAGUUCUUAGGACAAGCUGCAAGACCUAACAUCACACCACUUAUUGAUGAAGAGGCCAGUGAUACUGUAAUUAUCGACGAUUCAUAUCAGUUGUAUGGCGUCAAUGCCAUAACCACAGCGCCGCGGCCAAUGCCACGACCACCAUUUGAUGCCAGAUUGCCGACACAAGUAGAUGACAUGCAACGUUUACGCGUAGAGAAAAUGGAACGCCAGCUAGCGAAUUUAACUGGCUUAGUGCAGAAAGCACUGCAGGUACCCGGGCCCACGCCAGCACCGGCAGCGGCGCCUCGUCAGGAGUUCCAAACUUACCAACCUAGACCGGCUACCACCGAAAAAUCUGUAUCGUUUGAAAAAUCUGUGUCAUUCAGUGAUGAUCCACCAGACAUGAACUCCCCCAAACAACAUUCUCCUCAACACUCAGCUGAUACAAAACCAGCUAAACCGGCAAUCAAAUCAUCCACAUUGCCGAGGACGUCUUCACAAGAACGUGAUAGAUUGAAACCGGCACCUCCGCCGAAACCCGCCGGGCUCGUUAGCCAGCAACUGCCAUUAGCUCCACAGAGAACGUAUACCUUAAACGUUGGUCCCGACUUUUUCAACCAGUUGCGAAUGCUCCAAAAGCAAAGUCACGAUCUCAGAAUCGAGACAAGAAAUUUGCGGCGCUCCACUUUGUCACAGGCCAUUCAAAUGAGACAACUUAUGGCCGACACCAUUGUUAAGAUUGGAGCUAUAGCAGCUAGUUUCUGCGAGAAUGAUCAAGAUUCUUUGACAAGGGAAGAAGAAAUUUACAGACAGGAUAUGUUGCUUCUCGAAAAUGACCUUUAUGAAUUAGAAGCAACAGUCGAGAGACUUCGUGGUCAAGCUGCAAACAGGGAAACUCGAGUGAACAUGGCAGACAUCGAACGUAUUGCCAUGGUGCUCUCAAAGAGCAGCAAAACUGUUGCUGAUUGGAAGCUUAAAUUCCCGAUACUACAAGAUACUAUGAAAGUUAAAUUAGCAUCGGAAAUGGAGAAAGUUGUACGUAAAGAAAAAAUGCUUGAAGAUGAACCAGAGCGUCUUGAACUUGCCUUACGUCGUUGUAAGAAAUUAACAGGAACAUUGGUUACCCUUAAAAGAUUGGCCUGUGUGCAAGAGCAACGUCUUCCUAUCACCGACGGCCGCACUUCCCCAGGGUCUUCCCAAAGCUCUUCAAUCACAGCUGGACCAUCCUCUGAAGAGUUCACUCCGGAAAGUACUUGCCACCUCGCGACUUCUCACAACAAGGGCACCGGUGGCGUCAUCCCCAUACGAACAGCAACAAACAGAGGAACAACAGACGUGCGUCCAGAGAAUGCCCUCGACGCGCUAUUAGAUGAACUGCAAACCUUUGCUAAGCCUUCGGAGCGCGCGGCGAGAACUGAGGGCCCGCUGCGCCGACUGCAUUCGUACCCGAGCGGCAGCGACACCGAUGCCUCGCCGCCGGUCAGGGCACGCGGUCAGCAUCCACCGAAGCCUCCGGUCCCUGAGCGACAUCCAGAACUGCUUGCACUGGCCGCGCGGCGUGCUCCGCCACCGCCGCCGCCCAGGACGACGUCUCGCUCUCCCCUUGCCUCCCCCACCUCGCCAUCCUCCCCUCGCGCUGACUCUGAUUCCUGCCGCUCAAAUCACGACUCAAAUUACGACGAAAAGGGUAACUCGCGUCAGGCGGUUCUUGAACAACGACACCAGGAGCUACUAAAAAAACAAAAGGCUCUCCAAGAGCAGUACGCCCGCUUACAAAUGAUCCAUAGAAGCGGUCCUGCUAUACCACCAAAUGUUCAACUUGAGCUCAAAAAAACAGGUAGCGAGUCAAAUCUCCUUACCAAAAUGAAUUUAAAUCUUGCACCAGCCAACAUAUCCGGCAGUAUGACACAUUUAGCAGCCGAUAGUGAAAGAAAGAGAAAUGACAUUAGUGAUCCUGAAAUUCUGAGCCCGCAGUCGAACAAGGCGCCUGACGCGAUUCCCACCACGAACAAAGUUUACGAGACUGACAUACUGUGACCACAAAGUGAUUGCUUUUGAUACUUGUAUAAUAAUUUUGAUCCCAAUUUUAUAUAUCUUCUAUUAGUAGCAAUGAGUUGUUUUAUAUCUCCAUUUGUAAAAUCACAAUUAGUGUUCAAUAAUAUUAGCGUAUCAUACACAAGUUUGAGGCGUCAUACUGUGCCGCAUAUCCUAAGAGUUUUUGAUGGUAAUAGUCGAUACGUACACUUCAUAUAUCCCUAUAGGCUUCCCGCUUUAUUGGUCGGGCUUCGAAUAAAUCAUUAUAGCUAGAAUGGUCAUAUUAAGUAGUCACUCAUACGUAAAUGUUUCAAAAUUAAUUAUUAGAAUCAAACAUUAAAAUUAACAAAAGAACGUUUUCUAACUAAUAAUUG